CUCUACCCACAAAAUAAACCCUCAUCUCUGAAAAGUGAAAACUCCCGUCCUCCUCCUCCUCCACUCUUGUACACUCUACCUCCGUCGAUGGAAAAACUAUAAAAAAACACUUCAGGAACAGGCCAUUUCAGCAAACAAGUAACUGAGUUUGAGUCACCGAGUUGGCCAUGGUCUCGUUGACAGUGACGGGCUCCUUUGUAUCUAAAUUAUCUUCUUCUUCGAACAGCUCAACAGUUCUUGUCUCGACUCGAUCUCGACUAUGUUCUUCAGUUUGUUUUCCAGGAAACAAGGGGAGCUACUGUAGUGAAAGGAGGUUUGGCUUUCGAGUUAAGGCUUACGAUUCUUCUAAGAAUGACUCUUCUUCUAAUAACAAUAACUCUGGUGACGCCAAGCCGCCUAAUGGUACUAUGCCAAAGACCAGGAGGGAAAUUCUAUUGGAAUAUGUCAAAAAUGUUCAGCCUGAGUUCAUGGAGCUUUUUGUAAAACGAGCACCCCAGCAGGUUGUUGAUGCGAUGAGACAGACAGUGGCUAAUAUGAUUGGGACUCUGCCUCCGCAGUUUUUCGCUGUAACAGUUACUACUGUGGCUGAAAAUCUUGCGCAGCUCAUGUAUAGUGUUAUGAUGACGGGCUAUAUGUUCAAGAAUGCACAAUACCGGUUGGAUUUGCAACAAAGUUUGGAGCAGGUUGCACUUCCUGAUGCACAAGAAGAAAAGAAGGAUGAGCCAGAUUAUGCACCUGGUACACAGAAAAAUGUGUCUGGUGAAGUUAUUCGGUGGAAUAAUGUUUCCGGCCCUGAAAGAAUUGAUGCUAAAAAAUACAUCGAGUUACUUGAAGCGGAGAUUGAAGAACUCAAUAGUCAAGUUGGCAGAAAAUCUGCAAAUGGACAGAAUGAAUUAUUGGAAUAUCUCAAGUCUCUUGAGCCCCUAAAUUUGAAGGAUUUGACAAGCAGUGCUGGAGAGGAUGCUGUUCUUGCAAUGAACACGUUCAUCAAGCGUCUUUUGGCUGUUUCAGGUCCCGACCAAAUGAAGACAUCUGUAACAGAGACUAGUGCACCAGAGCUUGUAAAGCUGCUUUAUUGGUUGAUGGUGGUUGGGUACAGCAUUCGCAACAUUGAAGUCCGUUUUGACAUGGAACGAGUACUUGGUGCACCUCCAAAGCUUGCAGAGUUACCACCUGGAGAAAAUGUUUAACCAGUUGCAUAGGUGUGCUAAUGACUUUUGUUGACCAAGCAGGAGCAUAGUGAUCUUCAUAUUGGAUUUGAUCACGUGGCAGAUAUUGCUGUUGAGUUCAUAUCUUGAAGCAGGCUCAAUGCCAGUAUGAUUCUUUUCCCUUGCCACAGGAGAUUGGAUUUCUAAAAUUAUUGAUAAUCCUUUGAUCAAAUACUAGUUGCAGAUUUUGAGUUAAAUUUAUGUAGUUAAAGAUGCUUUUCAGAAGCAGUCAUUUUUAAGGAAGUUGUAAUAAGAUUGUCAGCAAAAUCAUUCUCAAUAUCUGCAAUGUCAUUAUGCAUCUUGAAACA